CGACCAAUACCAGCCGCCAUUUUGACGUCAAAUGGCGUAUGAUGCUUGGUAGGUUUUGAUGAGUGAAUUACAAUUAUUGGAAUAAUCUCGCACUCAACGAAAUUUGAAUCAUGGCGGAGUAUUUAGCAUCUAUCUUCGGUACCGAGAAAGACAAAGUAAACUGUUCUUUUUACUUUAAAAUCGGCGCCUGCCGCCACGGUGACCGGUGCUCGCGUAUUCAUAAUAAACCUACAUUCAGUCAGACAUGUUUGCUUCAAAAUUUAUAUGUAAAUCCCCAAAAUUCUGCCAAAAGUGCAGAUGGCUCUCAUUUGGUUGCAAAUGUAUCGGAUGAAGAGAUGCAAGAGCAUUAUGAUAACUUCUUUGAAGAUGUUUUUGUCGAGUGUGAGGACAAAUAUGGUGAAAUCGAAGAAAUGAAUGUGUGCGACAAUCUCGGAGAUCAUUUGGUAGGCAAUGUUUACAUUAAAUUCCGAAGAGAAGAAGAUGCAGAGAGAGCUGUGAAUGAUUUGAACAAUCGUUGGUUUGGCGGUAGACCAGUAUAUGCUGAGCUUUCACCAGUGACGGAUUUCCGAGAGGCUUGUUGCCGCCAAUACGAAAUGGGAGAAUGUACACGAUCUGGAUUCUGCAACUUCAUGCAUCUGAAACCCAUCUCGCGUGAACUACGUCGUUACUUGUAUAGUCGCAAGAAGAGCGGCAGGGGACGAUCUAGAUCGCGUUCACGAUCACGUGGUCGAGAUCGCAAACGUCGAUCGCGAUCUCGUGACAGACGAUCAAGAUCCAAAGAUCGUCGAAAGAGAGACGAUAAAGGUAGAGACGGUCGGUCUGGAAGAUACUAGAGCAUUAUGUUUGUACGGAGAUAUUUUCAUUCCAAUCUAAUAUCAUUCAAUGGAAAGAGAACGAAUUGAACGUGAAAAUCUGAACGAUAAACUGUCCUCUUGAGUACAUACCGCGGACAAGAAGUAUGUUUUAUUAAUAUAUUUGUAUAACCGAUAGAGAAUUAGUAUUCCUUCAGUGCUAUGUCUUGCGUUGCCUGUUAAUAAAUUAGUUAUUCCGAAAUAA